CCGCAGCCCCUGUGGAAGAAGGCACUCUCCGCCACGGUGCUGGGGGUGCCCCUGCUCCUCGGGGCGAGGUACCUCAUGGCUGAGCCACAGGAGAGGAGGCGGAUGCGGCUCAUGGUGGACGGCAUUGGGCGCUUCAGCAGGGUUUCCCAGUCUCCACAGCCUAGAGAUUGAUGAGGGCAGAGCCUGGGGUUGGCUCUCCUGUGGCUUUCCACCAUGAGGGACCGCACAGGACCGGUGGGGACUGUCCCCAAGCAGCCUGGUUCUGAAGAUCACACUGAGCAGCUUGCUUUCAGAGGCUGAGCUAGAGCUAUUUUCCCAACAAUCUGUGCGGUCUCGUCAGCUCUCAGCCCUAACAGUUGCCAGGACAGGCAGGCCUGAUGGAGCACCCCUGGCUGGGCGCAGGGUGACCUCGGGGCCCACAGCGCGUCCUGGGUAACAGGGCAACGUACGUGCAGGAGCCCAAGGAAGGAGCGUGGGUGAGCCCCUCCCUGGUGUGAACCGUCAAGGCUGUUAUGCGGCUCCGAUGCUGCCGUCACUCAGGAAAUCUCAUGGGUUUAGAGGCACCUCCCAGGAGCUGGGCUGCACCGGGUCUUAGUUGCAGCACACAGGAUCUUUAGUUGCGGCACGCAGACUCUUAGCUGUGGCAUGCAUGCAGGAUCUAGUUCCCUGACCAGGGAUGGAACCCGGGCCCCCCGCAUUGGGAGCAUGGAGUCUUAACCGCUGCAGCACCAGGGAAGUCCCCCUCACCCUUCUCUCUUUAAAAAAAAAUAUAUAUUCAUUUAUUUAUUUAUUUUUGGCUGUGUUUGUUGGGUCUUCGUUGCUGUGCGCGGGCUUUUCUAUAGUUGGCGGCAAGCAGGGGCUACUCUUCGUUGCGCUGUGCGGGCUUCUCAUUGCGGUGGCUUCUCUUGUUGUGGAGCAUGGGCUCUAGGCACGUGGGUUCAGUAGUUGCAGCACGCGGGCUCAGUAGUUGUGGCUCACGGGCUCUAGAGCGCAGGCUCAGUAGUUGUGGCGCACGGGCUUAGUCGCUCUGCAGCAUGUGGGAUCUUCCCAGACCAGGGCUCAAACCUGUGUCCCCUGCAUUGGCCCGCGGAUUCUUAACCGCUGAGCCACCAGGGAAGCCCCUGACCCUUCUCUUUUAAUCUCCAGCAUCUGACUGUAAAUUGUUUCAAACAUACAGCAGAGCUGGUGAGUCUGGCUUUUAUCAAUAGCAUCUCGGAACCCUUCCAAUGCCCUCCGUCCUUUGAGCAUUUUACUCCAGCUGGCAGCACAGUCACUCCAGGCUCAGCCUUGGAAGCAGCCAGUCUCCCGAUGGUUCUUCGGGAUGGAGCAGGGGCUCGGGGGCCACGGUCUUUGAGGGUCGGCCUGCAGAUCUCCCUGGACUACUGGUGGUGCACAAAUGUCGUCCUGCGAGGGGUGGAGGAGAACAGCCCGGGGUACUUGGAGGUGAUGUCUGCAUGUCACCAGCGGGCGGCUGACGCCCUGGUGGCUGGGGCCAUCAGCAACGGGGGCCUCUACGUGAAGCUGGGCCAGGGGCUGUGCUCCUUCAACCACCUGCUGCCUCCCGAGUACAUCAAGACACUGCGGGUGCUGGAGGACAGGGCUCUCACGCGGGGCUUCCGGGAGGUGGAUGAGCUGUUCCUCGAAGACUUCCGGGCCCCGCCCCACGAGCUCUUCCAGGAGUUUGACUACCAGCCCAUCGCAGCAGCGAGCCUGGCCCAGGUGCACCGCGCCAGGCUGCACGACGGCACCGUGGUGGCCGUGAAGGUACGCGGGGCCCCCGCGGGGCGCCGCGGGGGGCAUCCGGGCGCCGGUGGCCAGUCCUCCCUGCAGCCUCCCGUGCAGGUGCAGUACAUCGACCUGCGGGACCGCUUCGACGGCGACAUCCACACCCUGGAGCUCCUGCUGCGGCUCGUUGAGCUCAUGCACCCCAGCUUCGGCUUCAGCUGGGUCCUCCAGGACCUGAAGGGGACCCUGGCCCAGGAGCUGGACUUUGAGAAUGAGGGCCGCAAUGCCGAGCGCUGUGCACGGGAGCUGCAGCACUUCCGCUAUGUCGUGGUGCCACGCGUGCACUGGGACGUGUCCGGCAAGCGCGUGCUGACGGCGGAGUUCUGUGAGGGCUGCAAGGUCAACGACGUGGAGGCCAUCAAGACCAUGGGGCUGGCAGUGCGGGACGUCGCGGAGAAACUGAUCCAGACCUUUGCCGAGCAGAUAUUUUACACAGGCUUCGUCCACUCCGACCCCCACCCUGGCAAUGUCCUGGUGCGGAAAGGCCCCGAUGGGAAGGGACAGCUGGUGCUGCUGGACCACGGGCUGUACCAGUUCCUGGAUGAGAAGGAUCGGUCAGCCCUGUGCCAGCUGUGGCGGGCCGUCAUUCUGAGGGACGAGGCUGCCAUGAAGGCGCACGCGGCUGAGCUCGGGGUGCAAGACUACUUCCUGUUCUCCGAGGUGCUCAUGCAGCGGCCUGUGCGCCUGGGGCAGCUGUGGCGCUCACACCUGCUGAGCCGUGAGGAGGCGGCCUACAUGCAGGACAUGGCGCGGGAGCACUUCGAGGAGGUCAUGGCCGUGCUCAAGGCCCUGCCGCGGUCCAUGCUGCUCGUGCUGCGCAACCUCAACACCGUGCGCGCCAUCAACACCACCCUGGGCGCCCCAGUGGACCGCUACUUCCUCAUGGCCAAGAGCGCAGUCCGGGCCUGGAGCCGCCUGGCGGGCGCCACGAGCCAGAACACCUAUGGUGCCAGCCUCCUGCGCCACAUCAGGGUCAUCUGGGAGUCGUUCAAGUUUGAAGUGGCCCUGAGGCUGGAGACCCUGUCGAUGCGGAUCACUGCGCUCCUGGUCCGAGUCCUGGUCCACCUGGGCCUCAUGCCCAAGACCAAGGGGCUGUACGAGUACCUGGAGAUCUAGGGAGCCCCGGCAGGAGGACCACAGAGCUCGCCCCACUGCAGGCUGAGGGGCCGGCCAGGGCCAAGGCACAGAGGCCUAAGAAAGACCUGGGGGCACUGGAGUGACUGUGGCCUGGAGUUGGGCCUGCAAUGACCACAUGCUCUUCUCAAAUCAAACAAAUGUUUUU